AUGAACAAGGCGGACCUCGUGAGUGAGGAGGCGCUGGGCGUGGCGGUGCAGCUCGUGCGUUGCCUCAACCGCACCGCGCGCGUGCUGCCGACGCGUCGCGCGCAGGUGGCCGACGUCGGCUCCCUCCUGAAUCAGCACGCCUUCUCGUUGCAGCGAGCGCUCGCCGUGGACGCACGCUUCCUGGAGGACCGCGAGAAUAGUAACGGCGCCCGCGAGAGCGCGCGCCCGCAGCAGCCGCGCCCGGCAGCGCCGCCCGAAUGGGAGACGGCAGCAGCGAGCCACGUGCACGCGCUCUUUGGAUCCGUGGGCCUCGAGGCGGCAUGCGAUCUGGACGAGCUGAGCUUCCACGAUUGGAUCGAGGGCGUGUUUGCGCAGUACGGCAAGCGGCUGUACCGGUGCAAGGGCAUGCUCUUCUUUGAGACGGCGUGCGCGAGCCGACCGCGGUGCCACGUCGAGUGCGAGCGCAUGGCCGCGGAUGCCGUCGAGGCACAGGUGGCGGCUGAGCGCCGCUCGCGGCUGAUCUUCAUCGGGAGGACACGAGGGAUUGAGCAGGUGCUGGAGGGGGGCUUCGCGGCGCUGUGA